AUGCAGCCGCCAUCGUAUCCAGCCAUGGACCAGCAGUCCGAGGCCAGCGACACGCUCGGCCGGCUGCGAGACGUCAACUUACAACCUGCCCACCUGUACCACAAACCCUCCACAUCCACGACGCAUUCGAAACGAUCGUCCGCGCCCAGACCGAGCGUCAGUUCGACCUCGACCGUCCAGAAACCCAAAGGUGCCAUGCUGUGGUCCGACGGCAGCAGCGUGGGCGGCAAGCGAGCAAGCAAAGGCGCCCCGAACUCGACCUUCUACAAUGAGGACACGCCGCCGCCUUCGCCGUCUGCCUCUGACUUCCGGUCCGCGACGUCUGAUUUCCGAUCCAACGCUGGCAAUUCCAUGGGCACCGCCGAUCUUGGUUACCACGUAAAACCAACCGCGAAGCUGGACCAGUCGUACGACUACCGGUACGACCAUGUUGCGCCGCCUGCGCCGCUACCACCCAGAGAGAUUCUCGGAUACAAGAGACGCACUUUCCUGAUUGCAGUCGGCCUCCUAGUCGUUCUCGUCGUUGCCAUCGCAGUCGGCGUUGGUGUCGGCGUAGGAGUUGGAUCAAAUAAGAACAACAGUUCAGGCUCAGAUGCUCAAACCUCGCCGACGGCAACAACCUCAACCCCGCCCACAUCCACAACAUCAACAUCAACCUCCUCUUCCGCCAAACCGACCACCUCGUCAUCCGCCUGCCCCGCCGCCAACAACACCGUCUUCGACGUCCCUAACUCGGACAAGUCCUUCCUCCGCAUCUGCGGCGUCGACUACGCCGACGGCGACGGCGCCGAGGACCUCACGACCGUCUGGACCGCCUCCAUGGUCGACUGCAUGACCAACUGCGCCGGCUUCCCCAAGUGCGAGGCCUGCAGCUGGGGCGCCCUCGAGGGCGACAAGGGCGACAACCACCGCUGCUACCUGAAGCGCAACCUGACCAAGUCGGAGAGCCGGCGGCCGGGCUGGGACUUUGCCAUUAUGCAAUAG